UUCAACGAGGAAUCAUGACGACUUUCACCCUGAGCAUUCUACUAAGCCUGGCAGCUGCAGUUUACUGUGUGCCAAUAUUACAGGUUACAAGUCAGGAUGAGAGUUUUGCAGAGAACUACCUGAAGACAUUUUUCAACCUGACAGAGGAGAGCGGUCCAACUGUCAGACGAGGGAUCAGUCCAUUGACCAAGAAGGUGGCUGAGAUGCAGAAAUUCUUUCGCCUCAAAGUCACCGGGAAUCUGGACACUGACACCAUAGCCAUGAUGAAGAAGCCCCGCUGUGGRGUUCCAGACGRCAAGAUCGCCCGUUACUCCAUUACUGGAGAAAACUUCAAGUGGAAGACAAACAGCCUUACCUACAGGAUUGAGAACUACACACCUGAUCUGACCAUCUCAGAGGUGGACGACUCCGUGGAGAGAGCCCUGCAGGUUUGGGCCAAAGUCACUCCCCUGAGAUUUACGAGAAUCUACAGUGGCACCGCUGACAUCAUGAUUUCCUUUGGACGCCUAAAUCAUGGAGAUUUUUACCCCUUUGACGGCCCUGAUGGCACGCUCGCCCACGCCUUCGCCCCGUCUCCUGGCAUCGGAGGGGAUGCUCAUUUUGAUGAUGAUGAGACCUUCACCUUCCGUUCCAAUGCAGGCUAUAUCCUCUUCUUGGUAGCUGCCCAUGAGUUUGGCCACUCCCUGGGCUUGUCUCACUCUACUGACCCUGGUGCACUCAUGUUCCCUACAUACACMMACAGUAACCCUGACACCUUCGUUCUGCCCCAUGAUGAUGUCAAAGGCAUCCAGUCUCUCUAUGGUCCAAACCCUGACAUAGUUCCUAGCCCUGGACCUCCACCCCCCACCACCCCUGAUGUCUGUGAUUCAACCAUGGUCUUGGAUGCUGUUGCCACCCUGAGAGGAGAYAAUCUUUUCUUCAAGGGCAGAUUCUUCUGGCGUAACCGCUUCGAGAGCACCAAGACUGAGCAGAGACUCAUCACAAGCUUCUGGCGCCGUGCCCCAGUCAAUAUCGACGCUGCUUAUGAGAGCCGUUUCUUAGAUAGUGUGCUUUUCUUUAAAGGUCGCCAAGUGUGGGCGUUCAGCGGCUAUAACCUUGUACAGGGCUACCCAAAGUCAAUCUCUAGUUUUGGUCUGCCCAAAACCAUGGAGAAAGUUGACGCUGCUCUCUACAAUAAGCACACUCGCAAGYCUCUGUUCUUUGUCGGCAGGGAAUACUACAGUUACGAUGAUGCCAAGCAGACUAUGGACCAGGGAUUCCCGAAAAGAGUUGAUGAGAUCUUCUCUGGACUGACCAGCAAGGUGACUGCAGCUUUCCAGUACYAAGGUUUUGGUUACAUCUACAGUGGACCCAACAUGUUCGAGUACAGCCUGUUGACCGGCAAAUUGUUCCGCYRMCUCGGGAACAACUACUUCUUACCAUGCACAAACUACUAGACCCCUUUACUUAUGCUGUGAAUGUAGCUCCUCUGCACCAAGAUGAAGGCACCAAAGAUGAAAAAAAACAUCCAUGAUAUGUAAAUUAUA